AUGAUUCUCACCGCGAAUAUCAACUUUGCUGCCGAAAACCUCCCUAUUUCAACUUGCUCCAGAAUUGUCCAGCGUAUCCUGGCAUGUCUCUGGCUCGAAGAGGAGCGAUUGUUCACCGAUGCCCUUCACGAGGAGUUCCAAGAAGCCAUUUUCACAGCUGCAACCACGCCCUGUGAAGAAAGGAAUCACCGUAUUGACCCGAUCGCUAUCGCUCAGAGUACCUGGCUGAAAAGGUCUCAAAUGGCAUGUGUACUCUAA